AUGCGUCUCCUUCAUACCAAAACCUUCCAGCUAGAGGAAUUCUACGGCCAGCCACCAGAAUAUGCAAUCUUAUCACACACAUGGGGUCCUGACGAGGCCACGUUCCAAGACUGGCAGGGCAACCUGGAGCUCAUGAAGCUCAAGAAGGGUCACCAAAAGAUUCGCAGAGUCUGUGAACAGGCUCGCAGAGAUGGUCACAUGUACCUAUGGUGCGACACCAACUGCAUCGACAAGAGCAGUUCUUCAGAGGUGUCUGAGGCCUUAAACGCCAUGUUCACCUGGUACAAGAAUGCCCAAGUCUGUUACGUCUACCUCUCCGAUGUGCCGCCUCUCGAUACCGGUGCUUUUGAUCCCAUGGAGAAUUUUAGAAAGUCAAGGUGGUUCACCAGAGGAUGGACUUUGCCCGAACUUCUGGCACCGACUAGUGUAGUUUUCUUUGCCCAGGACUGGACCACCAUCGGCACAAGGAAAACUCUUGCCAACACUAUCUCUUUCGUCACCAAGAUUGAUCAGCAAUAUCUCGACUGCACCUUUUACAAGGCCAGUAUCGGAGAGCGUAUGUCAUGGUUGGCCAACCGAGAGACCGAGCGAACAGAGGAUAUUGCCUAUUGUAUGUUGGGCAUCUUUGACAUCAACAUGCAAAUUGUUUAUGGCGAGGGAAUGAGAGCCUUUAUCCGACUGCAAGAAGAGAUCAUCCGUGUUUCCAACGAUCAAACACUGUUUUGCUGGAACUGGGACGAGCGUUACGUGCCACACGACUGGGCCAGCAUUCUGUCUCCAUCUCCCAGGACCUUCCUUGACUCAAGCAUAUACACCGAGUGGCCUGUCCACGAUGCAAAGACCUACACCAUGACCAACGCUGGCCUUUCCAUCAAGCUUCCCAUCAUGAACACCAUCACCGAGACCGUCGAGCAAUGGCUCGUACUUCUUAACGCCCGAAGGGGAAACGAGAACCAGCAAGUCGCACUUCUUCUGAACAGACUACCCGGAAAGGACCGCUGUACUCGUAACUGCACACCACCCUGCCCCGUGCCUAUAUUGACAACCUCCACCAAGCUGCGCGAGGAACAGAUGUAUAUCGCUGGUAGUCGCGAACGUGCCUCUAUCCAACCCGACUUCCACGGUCACGGCACAUACGAAAUCCUCGUCACUCUCGACAGUGGCACAAUUCCCUACGAUAGCAUCAACUCAUCCCCACGCCUCGACUCAAGUACUAUCAGCAUGCAACAGUGGGAUCAAUCAGGUCACUACGGCUGUGUCCUCGCCAUUCAAGGCAUGCAAAGCAUCAAGAAGAACGACCGUCGCGCAUCCGUCUUCAUCGCCACACUGGUCUUUGGCGUAGAAGUCCAAGGCUCCAAGGUAGAAUGGUUCUGCAAGAUCCGAGGCAUUCAGGAAUCUUCAUCAGCCUUUAGCGCCAACACUCUCGAGGAUGCUGUGUACGAGGAAGAGCAGGAGAUUCGCUCGCAGCUGCGUCGCACUGGACACUGGCUGGCCAUCUUUGACCAAGAGAAGGACACUUCCACGGAUACGGUGCGAAAACACGAGAUUGAUUUGCUGACGAGUGUGUCAUUGAGCUCGGGCGUGAGAAUCGCUUCCAACUCAACUAUGGCGGUUGCGCAUCUGCAGCUGGCGCAUAUCGUUAGACCAGCUGAGGUGGCGCCGUGGGAUGAUGGACAGAAGUUUAGGACUGCAGAUGGAACGAAGGAUUUGUCCAAGUGGUUGAGUUCUUUGCAGUGA